AUGAGUUUAAAUAAAUUCGUUUGCGGUGUUAAAUACGAUGAAGAAGAUGGUAAAAUUUAUUUGAAAAAAAUAAAUGAGGAAGUUCAAGUGAAAACAACGGAAAGCGUUGUUGCUUCUUGGCGUUACGAAUCCAAUAUCACGGAUGAAAAUUUACAAAAUCAGUUGGAUGUUUCUGCUAAAUUAGCUAAUUACACGAAAGAAGUUUGGAAAGAGACAAUUAAAUACCCGUGGAAAACGUUUAAAGAUGAAGAUGUUAAAAGACAAUUUAAAAAAUUUUCCGUUUUGGGUACGGCCAUAUUAUCAUCGGAUAAAUACGAAAAGUAUGACAAAAUCGUGUCGGAAAUGCAAAGCGUUUACGGUAAAGCAAAAGUUUGUAAUUAUCACAACAGAACAGAUUGUUCGUUACAGUUGGAACCAGAACUCACUGAAAUUUUCACCGAAAGCAGAGAUCCAAACGAACUUAAAUACUAUUGGGAACAAUGGAGAAAUGCUGCUGGAAAACCCGUCAGAGAUUUAUACAAACAAUAUGUCGCUUUAUCAAACGAAGCUGCCGUUUUAAAUAAUUUUACAGAUACAAGUGAAUUUUGGUUGAAAGACUACGAAGCUGAUGAUUUUAAAGAUCAAGUCGAAGUUUUGUGGGAGCAAGUAAAACCUUUGUACCUGCAACUUCAUGCCUACGUUCGAAGGCGUCUCAGAGAACAAUACGGAGAAGAACACGUUUCGAAAAGAGGACCCAUACCUGCACAUUUAUUAGGUAACAUGUGGGCACAAUCGUGGGGAAACGUUUACAAUUACAGUUUACCCUAUCCUGGAAAAGCAAGUAUGGACGUGACAGAAAAUAUGGUUAAACAGGGUUACACUCCGUUAAGAAUGUUUAAAUUAGCCGAAGAAUUUUUCACAUCGUUAAAUUUAAGUCCGAUGCCGGAAACAUUUUGGAAAAAUAGUAUUUUGGAAAAACCUGGAGAUGGUAGAGAUCUUAUUUGUCAUGCAUCCGCGUGGGAUUUCUACGAUGGAAAGGAUUUCAGGAUCAAACAAUGUACAAGAGUUAAUAUGGAAGAUCUGAAUACGGUUCAUCACGAAAUGGGUCACAUCCAAUACUUUUUGCAGUAUAAAAAUCAGCCACUUGUAUACAAGGAAGGGACUAACCCAGGAUUUCACGAAGCUAUCGGUGACGUAAUGGCAUUAUCAGUAUCGACUCCAAAACAUUUGAAAAAAAUUGGUCUUCUCGAUUGCACGGAUGAUGAUUACGAAUCCGAUAUAAAUCAAUUGUACAACAUGGCGUUGGAUAAAGUUGCAUUUUUACCAUUUGGAUUUUUAAUGGAUCAAUGGCGUUGGAGCGUUUUCGAAGGGAAAACAACCGAAUCGAAAUAUAAUUGCAAAUGGUGGCAACUCAGAGAAAAAUAUCAAGGUUUAGCACCAUCGGUCUUGAGAUCGGAAAAAGAUUUCGAUCCUGGAGCAAAAUAUCACACGAUCGCAAACGUACCUUACAUAAGAUAUUUCGUAAGUUUUAUUAUCCAGUUCCAGUUUCAUAGAUCCCUUUGCAUAGCUGCCAAAGAAUACGAUCCGGAAAAUCCGACUUUGAAACCCUUGCACCGAUGCGACAUCUAUCAAAGUCAAGAAGCUGGAAAACUUCUCAAAAAAAUGCUUCAAAUGGGUUCGUCGAAACCGUGGCCGGAUGCAAUGGAAGUAUUGACGGGUCAACGUAAAAUGGAUGCUUCCGCUUUACUCGAUUAUUUUUCGUCAUUGAAAAAUUGGCUGGAAAAAGAAAAUAAACGAACUGGAGAAUUCAUCGGUUGGGAAACUGAAGACGAUGACGAAGACUGUAAAUCAUUUACAUCGCGUGACGUGGCAUCAGGAACGUUAAACAAACAGGGAAAAACAGGUUACGAAGACAACGUACCUUAUUCGUACGCAGAAUUCGUUCAUCAAUACGAUAACGUUUACGAUAAUAAUCCCGAAUACACGAACGAAAUAAAACCGUCAUUUUAUUCUUCGGUUAUAUUUAAAACUAAAAACGACGUGGUACCAGAAAAAUUUUUAAUAUUAGACGAUAAUCAAUUGAAAAAAUCAAACGAUUUAACGAAUGCUAUCGCGUCGGAAAAUGGUUUGAAAAAAAAAGAAUCAACGGAAACGACGAUAAACGUUUUACCAUUAUCGGAUUUUUUAAUUAUACAGGAUAAGAAAAAAUUUCAAGAAGAAAUAGAAAAGCGUAAAAAAGUAUUAAAUUUACCAUUCGAAGUAAGAUCGAAAUAUGACGACAUGGAAAAAACGAAAAUAUUAAAUGUUAUCAUACACGAUUUACACAAUGUAAAAAAAAAUAAACAACAACAAUUGAAUAAAAAUCCUAUUGUUGAAUUAAGUGAAAUAAAUUUAUUAAAUGAUAAAAUAAUACCGAGUAUUCGUGUGUUGAACGAUAAUGAUAAGAGUGAUAAGACAAACAUAAAAAAUAAUAAAGUUAAAAAAUCAAUAAAUAAUUUAUCGAAAAUGAAAAGGAUAAUCGGUGAAAACGAGGGGGAUAAUUUAGCCGGCAUAUCGUGCGGUUCCCUAUUCAAAACGUUAAAAUUAAAAGAUUCUUCGCCGCAGAAAAUAUGCAAAACGCAAAACGUCGUUGAAAAUAAUAAUAAUAAUAAUAAGGAAAAGUGUAAAAAUGAAAAACCCCUCGGCGAACUCAUGUGGAAAGCGGAAGUUGUUAAAUCCGGCGCGGAAAAAAUGUUGAAAAAUUUCAAUUUAUCCGAAUUGGGUUUUCAAUGUUCGAAAAUAACGAAUCCCGAAUGGAAAGAAAAAUGUUUGGAAAUGAAUAGAAUAAUGGCGAGCGAUAAUAGCAAGAGCGGAGAACAAACGUUUAAACCUUCGCCGCAACAAACGCAAAAUAAAAUAAAAAGAAAAGGUUCUCGUAGCGUUUUACUAUUGAAAACCGUUACGGAACCAUCGAAACGUGAUACGUGCGAUAAAAAAAAAAAAAUGUCAUUAAACGACGACAUAAAUAUUUUAUUCAACGCUUUGUUCAUUGAUAAUUUUUCAAUUGAACCCAAGCAAAUAGUGAAAAAACAACAACAGGAAAAACCUUUGGAAAAAAAUAAAAAUGAUUUUAUUAUAUUAAUUGGUAGAUUAAAUGGUGGAAAUGCUAACGGUAACGGUAAUAGCAACAGCAACAGCAACAGAAACAGCUACAACAACAUUAAAAAAAAUAAAAAACACGUUAAAAAAUCAUAUAAGGAAUAUCAUUACAUUCCAGGUAAUUCUGUCGUUUAUAAUUCUGUCGUUUUAACUCCUCCGGCUAAAAAUUCAAAACCUGAAAAUAAUAAAAAAGUUUUAUUUAAUUUAAACAAUGACGGUGACGGUGACGAUGACGAUGAUUAUGACGUUCAGGUUUUGUAUAAAAAUUUAGCGGUGUCGUCUUUUACGUGA